AUGAAGCACUCCGAGACGCCCGGCCCGAACAGGUCCAAAAGUCCCGAGCCGAAGCGGUUCAAGGGCGACUACCAAAGCCCAUUGAAACCAGGAGAAGCUCUUCAAUUCGAGCUGCAAGGCACGGACGGCCGAGCUCGCGCUGGUGUUGUUCAUUUACCCCACGGGCCAGUGAAGACUCCCGUUUUCAUGCCAGUCGGCACCUACGGUACUAUCAAGGGACUACUCUCGGAAGAGGUAGAUGAGCUCGGUCCGGAGAUCAUACUGGCCAAUACAUAUCAUCUCGGGACGAGUCCUGGUGCUGAAUUAUUGCAAAAAGUCGGCGGACUACAUGAGUAA